AAGAGGAGACGCAUAUCGAUAGUUAUGUACCUACCUCCAGAUGAACUCUAUGACAUCAGGCCAUCCCAUCCAUCACAUAGGGUAGAUACAUCACAUCCAUCACAUCCAUCACAUACCUACAUCACCUUCCAUCAUGUCCGUGGAUUCUGGUCGAGGAGAGCCCAUGGAAAAGACCUGCACCUGUGUGCCAUCUCCAUGGCCAUCUUGGGAACACCUUUACCUUUAUCUUUCGAACGGCACAUCCAUCAGGUUCGUGUCUCUCAUUGUUGCCGGAUUCUCUGCCCGUCUCUCUCCCGGCCUGGUUAUCAACAGUACCUAUCAUACAUACAUGCAGGAAGGAUCGCAACUCCGCUGUGCAAGCAAAGCAGAAAAACGGAAGGAAAAAAAACCACCUCCCCCUCGGAAACACAAACCUGCGAGCGUUCUCUCUUCCAGCCAGACGAGAAUGCCAUCACCGCCGCCAAACAUACCCCAUGCAGCGCGGGUAUAUCAUCCCCCAGCGUCUGGCGGCCCCUGAAACCACAACCCCCUUCCAAACGGUCGUCUCGUGGAACCCAAGAAGUGAUCGGUAUGUAAGCAGACACCACCCUCAAAACCACGCACACAGCAAAGAGAUCGAACGGCUACAGGUGCAGAUGUCUCAGAUGCGACAUUUCCUUUGGCUGGUUGCUGACACGUACGCGCUGGCGCUGGUCGAUAACUUAUGCUUAUGGUUGUUGCUCCCGAGCAUCCCCUGCAGCACUACGAUAGUGGUCGUGGUAGUUCGUGCACAGAGAAAAGUCUGUAGAUAUGAUACACCGAUCCCACAAACUUUUGGACUUCCGGCCAGGUCCUUUACUCUUCUGUAUGUACGUAAGGUACUGGAGAUAUGGGCUGUGUCCUGUAUAGUUAUGCGCACGCUUGCGGAACCCUACAUGGAGUACACGGAAAUUCCUGACGGAUCGGAUGCACAUGUCCGCUGCCAUUAUUGUCAAUCGAACCGCCGUUUGCACGUAAAUCUACAUGGCUAUCGGGGACAGCUUCAGGAAGUCAAGAAGACACGAUAGCUACUACAUAUACCUAGCUUCCCUCUGUCUGGCGUUCCAGGAGCUCGAAAGGAACGAGAAUUCCUCACCCAAACCACAC